AUGAAAAAGAACGACCGGGUUAACCUGGGUGGGGGAGGGAUGGGGCCGGUCGGGGGGGUGGGGGGAAAUUACAGCCCCGGGCACGCGGGCGCGUAUGGGUACGCGGGGGAGGGCAGCAGCGGAGGCGGGGGAGGAGGCGGGCGGGGGAGCAUGGGCGGAAUGGCUGCUGGCCCGCGGGGGGACCUGCACUUGCGCAGGGCGUUUUCGGAAGAUAGGCGCGCGCUUAAUUCCGCGCCUAUGCCCGCUAGGGGCAGCUUUGCGCCGCCUGGUGGAGGUGUGGGCGCGCGGAGGGGGGAGGAUCCGCGGCAGCGAAUCCUUCCCUCCCGCGGGCUGGGGCAGUCGGGGGACAACAGCCCUAGCCGCUCCCCCGCGCGACCGCUCGGGGGGGCCGCCACGUCAGCGCCGCGUCAGCAUUAUAGAGACGAAGACGGGCGGGGGAGUCAGGGGUAUGAUGACUAUAGCCGUAGCCCAUCCCCCGAUAGAAGGGGGAGGGGAGGGGGGAGAGGAGGUGGAAAGGGGGGAAGCAGCAGGCUGAGAAGGAAUGGGUAUGAUGAGGUUGAGAGGGGUAGAGGAGGGUAUGAUGAUGAUUCGAGAUCUGGGUCUUCUUAUGAGGACUACGAUGGGGGCAGGAGGAGGAGAGAUGAUGAGUAUGAUGCUGGUGGGAGGGGGAGGGAUGGUGGUGAUGAUGGGGGCAGGAGGAGGAGAGGUGAUGAGUAUGACGAUAGGAGGAGGGAUGAUGAUUAUGAUGGUAGGAGGAGGAGGGGGGAUGAUGACGAUGGGUACGACCCGAGGGGGGCUGGGCGGGAUAGGGAGAGAGAUGGGGGAAGAGUUGGGGAGAGGGAGAGGGAGAGGGAAGGGGAGAAGGAGUGGGACAGGGGGGAGGGCAGAUACGAAAAGGCGGAUGGGGAGGAGGAAUGGCGGUUGCGAGAUGAUUGGGAGAGAGGGAACGGGGGAAGAGGGGAUGGAGGUAGGGGAAAUGGAGGAAGUGGGGUUGUGAGAAGAGGGGAUGGGGGAAGAGGGGAUGGGGGGAGAGAGGAUGAGGGAAGGGGUUUUGGGGGGAGAGGGGACGGGGUUAGGGGUUCGGGGGGAGGGAGUGGAAGGGAGAGGAGGGAGGAGUGGAGGGAGAAAGGGCGAGGAGGGGAAAGGGAGGAGGGCAGAGGAGAGGGGAGGGCUGGUGGGGGUGGGGAAGGGUACAAUAGCGAGGGGAGUGGAGAGAGGGAGAGUGACUAUGUUGAGAGAGGCAAUGUGGAGGGUGAUUAUAAAGAGCGGGAAUUGGGCCGUGAUAGGCAUGGGGGUGGUGGAUAUGAUGAUGGGUAUGGGGAGGAGGAGCAUAAGUAUGUAGAGGAUGGAGUGAGGGAGAUGGGGAGAGGUGGAGAGGAGAUGGGUAUGGAGGGAGUGAGGGAGGAGGAGCAGGAGGACGAAGCAGAAGAGGAGGAUGAGGGGCAGGGCGCAUACGAGGUUGACCCACCGGGGAGGGGAGGUUAUGGUUACGGACGUUAUCCCCAUCAGAGCUCUCCUGGUGUGUCCUCCCCACAGCAGUCGUCUCACCAAUCCUUCCACCAGUCACAGUCCACACCCUCGCCCUCCCAACAGAGGCAGCAGCAGCUGGGAAUGGCUCGCAGUGGUAGCCCUGCUGCGGCUGGCUCUCCUGGGUUAGGAGGAGUUGUGAGUGGUGCAGGUGGUAAUUGUGCCGGUUCUGGAGGAGGAGGGGCUAUGCCAGGUAGAUCCUCUUCAUCUGCCACUGGGCGCACUCCGAUUGGCCACACCCGAUCUAACUCCCAGAGCCUACCAAUGACAAGAGGACACGUGUCACCUGGGGGAAGAGGCGGGGAUGCGGCAGGGGCGGCAAUGGCGGUGACGCCGCCGCCCGGCACGUCGCCAGCUGGGCGGUCCAGGUGGCGCAAUAUCAUUGGCCGGCCGCUGGAGAGCUUUGCCGCCCGGUUUGAGCUGACAGGGGAGGUGCUGGGGAAGGGGUAUUUCGGAGACGUGGUGGUGUGUGUGGAGAGGGACAGUGGGGAGCAUUUCGCGUGUAAAGUCAUCAACAAGGCGAAUGUGAAGACUCCAGAGGACGCAGAGGACGUGCAGAACGAGGUGGCAGCGCUGGAGGCACUGAGAGGGCACCGGCACAUCGUGCAGCUCAUAGAGACGGUGGAGGAGCCAGAGACGGUCUAUCUGGUGAUGGAGCUGUGUCAGGGGGGCACACUGCAGCAAGCAGUCAGGGACCAAGGGCCGUUCAACGAGCCGCAGGCAGCAGCGGUGGUGGCGGCAGCAGCAGAGGCGCUGCUGCAGUGCCACUCCAACGGAAUCAUUCACCGCGACGUGAAGCCCGAUAAUAUCCUGCUCGGGGAGCGUUUGGACGUUUCUGGGGGAGGCUUACCUGGGGACGUGAAGAUCUGUGAUUUUGGCAUCUCCACCUUCUUCCAGCCAGGAACAACAUGCAGUGAGAUAGUGGGAACGGCCUCUUUCCUCUCCCCUGAAAUGCUCGCUCAAACCUACUCUUCUCCGACUGACAUUUGGAGUCUCGGAGUCUUGCUGCACCUGCUGCUCUCGGGAUUCCUCCCCUUCCGCGCUCCCACCAAAGAGGCCGUUUUUGAAGCGAUUCUGGACGGCAGAGUAGAUUUCCGGGCGGCGCCGUGGCCGAUCGUGUCGCUAUCUGCCAAGGACUUGGUGUCGAGGAUGCUGACCGUUGAUCCGGAUGAGAGAAGUACAGCAGAGGAGAUUCUCAUGGAUCUGGAUGAGCGAAUCACAGCAGAGGAGAUUCUCAGUGAGUGGGGAGGGGGGGAAGGUUGGAAGUGGGGGGACGAGGGGGAGUUGUGA